UUCUGGAGGGUGGGUUAGUGGCUUGUAAGUAUCAUGUCAUGACAUGGAUCCUACUCCUCCUCCUCAUCAUCUUUGCUUAUUUUUCUCACACAAUUAAACAUACCAAUUUGAUAAACCUUUGGAUUCAAAAGUAUUAUUUGUUUUAAUCAUGGGUGGCAGUGAUUUUUAUCAGGUUUUGGGUUUGAGCAAAGAAUGCACUGAAGCAGAGCUCAAGACUGCUUACAAGAAGCUUGCGCUGAAAUGGCAUCCUGAUCGUUGUUCGGACUCCAAAUAUGUGGAAGAGGCUAAAAUGAAGUUUCAGGCCAUACAAGAAGCAUAUUCUGUACUUUCCGAUGUAAAUAAAAGAUUCCUGUACGAUGUAGGAGUUUAUGACAGCGAUGAUGACCAAGAUGGGAUGGCUGACUUUAUGGGCGAAAUGGCUGUGUUGAUGAGUCAAAACAAACCAAAUGGAAACGGAGAGAGUUUUGAUCAGGAACUAAAGGACUUGUUUCAGGAACUCUUUCAAGAGUCAGAAAACCCGACUUCUUUUUCGUCCUCAACUUUUGGUGAGAGCUCCAGCUCUAGCUCUUCUAACAAACGAGGUUCUUCGUCUGUAUCAAAUGAAUGUUUUCAAGGAUUUUCGCUAGGGGCAGACGGAAGAUACGAGGUGAGAAACAACAACAACAAAAACAACAGGAGGAAGGGGAGACAUGCCUAAUCGAUGCAAGAUUUCCACAACAGUCGACUAGUUGUUUCUAGGUAGUUCGAAUAUGGAAUUUUGCUGCUGUACCUUUCAUGUGUCAAAAUCAUCAAGUGGUUAUUAAGUGUAAAGUAACAUAAUGCAUCUUUAUUUAUUUGAAAAGGGAAAAAAAAUGGUGGCAUUUUCUUGUUAUAA